AUGCUGCACAAUCAGAGUGUCGCGCCCACACUGAGUCCGACGGCGCCCGUUAUGGUCGCGCUGACGACAUCGUUCGUUGUACGCCCGACAAUGGCAGUGCUGCCGGGAGUCUGCCCGCCCAAUUGGAGCAGCAACAACACCUAUGACUGUAUUAACGCGACCAUGGACAAUGGUGUGGGCAUGGGAGGCACUAGCGCAAGUUUUACCGGAUUCCCUGGACAAGAAGGCGCAGCGGUGGGAUAUGAUGGAAAUUACUCUUUGCCACGGGAUGGUCUGUUCGAAUUCGAAAUGGACCCAUUGGAGCACGUUGUGUCAACCAUUGUGCCCGUAUUUUUUGGCAUCAUCGGCCUGGCGGGCCUUUUGGGAAAUGCGCUCGUCAUUUUAGUGGUCGUCGCCAACCAGCAGAUGCGCUCCACCACCAACCUGCUUAUUAUCAAUCUAGCCAUUUCGGAUAUACUCUUCGUGAUUUUUUGUGUGCCCUUCACCGCAACCGACUACGUGUUGCCCGAAUGGCCAUUCGGCAACUUGUGGUGCAAAUUUGUGCAAUACAUGAUUGUAGUCACCUGUCAUGGCAGUGUCUACACGCUGGUGCUGAUGUCUCUCGAUCGUUUUUUGGCUGUUGUACAUCCGGUCACGAGUAUGUCCCUACGCACCGAACGCAAUGCAAUGCUUGCCAUCGUUUGUGCUUGGGUGGCCAUUGUGACAUCGGCCAUACCCGUGGCGUUAUCGCACUCCGUUCAGCUAUACUAUUUCAAAGGACGUAAUUACACAGCGUGUGUCUUUUCAUCGCAUGAGGGAAUCUGGAAUCUCGUUGCUUUUCAGGUCUCUUUUGCCGCUUCAUCAUACGUUACACCACUGACGCUGAUCUUCUUCUUGUACAUGUGUAUGCUGGCACGCUUAUGGAAGAGCGCUCCCGGCUGUAAGCCAUCGGCAGAAUCAAGGAAGGGCAAGCGGCGUGUAACACGGAUGGUCGUUGUGGUUGUGUGUGCAUUUGCCAUAUGUUGGCUACCAAUACAU